CGUCACAAAGAUUCAGACGAGCGAAGGAUUUCCCUCUCCCUAAACCAUAAAAGUGUAUGUCCAAAAGUAGCUUUUCACCAAACAUAGCAUCCAAAUUACAGACUCAUUUCUGCUCUCCAUAUCCAGAUGUUACAGAGUUAUUCUCUCCAGCGAUACGUUUUGUUUUCUCUAUAUAAUCUUUCUCAUUCAAGACUUUUUUGUGGUUUUAGCUUGUUCGUUUUUUUCAUGGUUGUCUUGUGAGACAGAAAAGGAUAUCUUUAUAGCCAUUGGAGUGUAAAAUCGACGAUUUAUGGAUGAAGGAUUGCAUCGAGCUGCUGCCAUAUUUAAAGUUUGACUUUUGGACCAAUAUACUACGUUGGGACUAAUAGUAAAAAAUGAAAUCUGCUGAAGAAGAUGCACAAAGCUACCCCCCCAGUGUGGCCCUGUCCCUCUCCCUGGAUAAUCCCUGCCUUCUAUCCCAGUACCACAGCCUCCAUCUCAGCCCUGCUGCCCUCUCUCUCUGCCCGUCCCCUCGCUCCGAGCCCCCCCAGGACAUGAGGGGGGUGGGCGCUAGCCUCCUGCCCCCAGGGGGGCGUCCCAGCGAGGCGCCCGCCCUCGAGAGCCCUCGCAUCGAGAUCACCGCCUACGGCCAGUUCCCCGAGGAGGAGUCGGAGGACAGCAGCCUCCCUGCGGUCAAACCCGUGGCCUCGGUGGUCACGCUCUCUCUGCCGCACGCAGACGGUUACCGGAACCCGGGCUGCCUGAGUCCUGCCAGCAGCGCGUCCUCUCGGAGCUGCCACUCAGACGCCUCCUCCUACGAGUCUGGCUUCUCCUACACCUGUGACCACUCCCCCCAGAACUCCCCCUGGCAGUCCCCCUGCGCCUCCCCCAGAGGCUCCUCCUCCCUGGGCCUGCCCGGGGACCCCGGCUCCCUCUCCCCCUCCACCUCCCCCCGCUCCGGGGGACCAGAUCUCUGGAUGGGUGUCCAGAGAGGCGGUUCGCGGCCUAGCUCCCCCGGGAAGAGGAAGUACAGCUUCAACGGCUCUUCUUCCAUCAACCACCACCCCCCCCACCCCCCCUACACCCCCGAGCCCUCCCCUGGGCCAUCCCCCCACACCUCCCCCCGCCUCAGCAUCACGGAGGAAUCCUGGCUGCCCAACACUAACCAGUACACCAACUCGGCGAUCGUGGCGGCCAUCAACGCCCUGACCACGGAUGUUGGGGUGGAUUUGGGGGAGGGGAUCCCUCUGAAGGCCAGGAGAACAGGCCUGGAGGCCAGCCUGCCAGCAGGCCUGAAGGUGGAGCCUGGGAGGGGGGGGCAGCGCUCUGAGGAGGUCUGUCAGGAGGAGUACCUGGCCUCCUGCCUGCCCUUGAAGAAGGAAGGCUACUGUGGAGGCUUCCUGGAUGUGCCCCUGCCGUACUCCUGGUCCAAACCCAAACACUAUCUCAGCCCCUCUCUGCCUGGCCUCGACUGGCAGCUACCCUCCAGCAUGGGGUCCUACAGCCUGCAGAUCCUCGUCCAGCCCAAGUCCCACCACCGCGCCCACUACGAGACCGAGGGCAGCCGGGGGGCGGUCAAGGCCAUGGGGGGAGGACACCCCGUGGUGCAGCUCAGCGGCUACGACGGCAGUGAGCCGCUCAGCCUUCAGCUGUUCAUCGGCACGGCGGACGACCGUCUCCUGCGCCCGCACGCCUUCUACCAGGUCCACCGCAUCACGGGCAAGACGGUGUCCACGGCCAGCCACGAGACCCUGCAGGCCCAGACCAAGCUGCUGGAGCUGCCCCUGCUGCCUCAGAACAACAUGAGGGCCGUAAUCGACUGCGCGGGCAUCCUGAAACUUCGUAACUCUGACAUCGAGCUACGGAAGGGAGAGACGGACAUCGGCCGCAAGAACACGCGUGUGCGGAUGGUGUUCCGCGUCCACAUCACCCAGCCGUCCGGCCGGACCAUCUCUCUUCAGGCUACAUCCAACCCCAUUGAAUGCUCCCAGAGAUCGGCCCAGGAGCUUCCCCUGGUGGACAAGCAGAGCCUGCAGAGCUGCGCUGCUCCUGGGGGGGAGGUGAUGCUGCUCAGCGGGCACAACUUCCACCAGCACUCCAAGGUGGUGUUCUUAGAGAAGGCACAAGAUGGUCACCACCUGUGGGAGACAGAGGCCAAGGUGGACAAGGACUCGUCCAUAUCUACGUCCCUCCUGCUGGAGGUCCCUCCCUACCGGAAGCAGAGUUUGUCCAACCCCGUCCUCGUCAACUUCUACGUUUGCAACGGCAAAAGGAAAAGGAGCCAAUACCAGAGUUUCACCUAUGUGUCUGCUAACAUUCCAGCCAUAAAGAUGGAACCUCUCGACGACUUCGAAGCGUCCCUGCUGCGUGCCCCCUCUGGCCUGGCCCCAGCCCCCAAGCCCCCCACCCCUCUCCAGGUCACACCCUGCCUGAUGCCCUCUGACCUCCGACCCUGCCUAGCUGACGGACCCUACUCCCCUUGCCAACAGAGACUGGAACAACACCACCCCCUCUCCUGUUCCUCCUCACCCAGCACCAGCCCCCAACUGCACCCCCUGUCCCCCUCACCUCUCUCCCAGUACGUCCCAGCAGGUCCUCCCCAGCCUCGCGCCCCACCGUCCCCCACCCCUCACAUCUCCAUCAUCCAGGAGACCCCGGGGCGGCUCCACCCACCCGGCAGUGCCUCCUCCUCCCCCGCCUCGCAGCCCUCCAGCCCUGCCGCUGGCCCUGAGCGGCCCCUCUCCUCUGCCUGCUGCCAGACAUCUCAGCCUGGCCACAGCAGCCCCGUGGCCCAGCUGGCCCCCAGGACCCCAGAGGUCAGCCGUCUGCCCUCCAGCCUUCACAAGGAUGGAAGCCCCCCCUCGCUUACUGUCAGCGUCAAGCAGGAACCACAGGAACUGGACCAGAUGUACCUUGAUGAUGUUAACGAGAUCAUCCGGAAUGACCUCUCCAGCAACUCUGUCCAAAGCAGCGCGUAGCAGAGGCCUGAGGGGAGACAGCAUACCAAACAUGUUUACAGCGUCCACGUGGGCAGGCAGGACAGUAGCGCACAGGAGGCCCAGGAGACAGAUAAUCGUCCAGGUUGUACAUUUCACUGAAGGACGUUAAAAUAGACUUAACAUUCAAUACGAAAUAAAAUGUCUGAUCCGUUCUCUUACGGUCAUGUUGCAUGUACUUUGUAUCUCUCAAAACAAACCCCACCAGAGAGUAUGACUAGUGGACCAUUGACUUUUUAGCAAUUUGUAAAUGCCUAACAGUUAGUUUUGUAUAGAGCUUUAGUUUGGAUAUGUAGCUCUGUUGGUUGUUAAAAAAACGAAGUGCCUUUUGACUGGAUAGGGAACAUAUUUUUUGUUUAUCAAUGAUUAAAGUGUAUCAAAUAGAAUGUUCGGUUUACCUAAUUUGUAAUAAUGAAGCACCAACUCCAAUUGACCAAUGGUAGACUAGCAUGCCUGUUCAUUGGACUUCUUAAACGACUGCACAUGUUUAGGUGCCGCAAUACAUGAAGGAAUAGUGUCAAGUGCUGCAGCAAGAGGUGUUAAUCAAGCCUCCUGUUCCAUUUCAUGGUCAGGUCCUGUAGAGGUUAAACUGAGAGGACGUAAGGAUCAUAAACAGACGGACCUUUCAGCAUCUCAGUUCUUGUGUCCUGUGCAAUGAUUUGUUUACUAUCAAGUCAUCAACUCAAUAUUAUAAAGUCGAGAAUAUCAGCCCUUAUUGAUCCCUGGAAGGGAUGGAAAUGCCUGAAGAAGUUAUCUUAUCAGAGACUGUAUGGAUGAAUAAUAUCAUAGGUUUGUCGUUUUAAUUUACAUACUGCAAUUUUCCUGUAUUCCAAAGAAUCACUGAUAAUGAUGAAAAGCAAUAUUCUCAUGUUCAAGAUAAAAUAUCUUUUUUCUAUUGUCAUAUAUUUCUAUAUUUGUAGCAUUUAUACCUAUGUUUAUUUACACUUGGUCAUUGUAGAACAUUUCUAUCUCUGCUCUUUACACAGAAAUACUAAUAUUCAUUUUUUUCUGUUUUUGAAUGCAAUUCUGAAAACAUGCAUAAUCCUUGGUUUACCUACUAUGAACUUUGAUUGUGUCUUAUGUUAGCACAGUAUAUUUAUGUAUAUUUAUAAGUCUUAAUUCAUAAGGUUUAAGGAAGAUGAAAAAUAAAGAAAUGUUAUUUGGACUGUGCAGACAUUUGUCUGUGAACCCCAACUCUGCUUGUUUCAUGUAGCCUGUGUUGUCAAAUAAAUAAUGGAGUCAG